AUGUCCUUUUACGGAUUUCCCGGCGCGUUGCUCCCGGCAUUCGUCGUUGUCACCUUCAUCGUUCAUCUACUCCGGAAGAGAGCCAACCCUCUCCCGAUCAUUGGUAACUUGUUCGACAUUCCAAGCGUCGCACCUUGGAAGUUCUAUCACUCCUUCUGCCAGAAACUGGACACCAAGAUGAUGUACCUCAACGCCCUUGGCCAGUCCAUCCUUGUCAUCGACGACCUCGCCACCGCCAAGGAGCUCUUCGAGAAACGCUCUGCAAUCUACUCCUCGCGAGUCGAGCUGCAUAUGAUCCGAUUCCUUGGGUGGGGGUGGAGUGCGCCGUUCCUUCGGAACAACGCCCAGUGGCGGGCGCAGCGCAAGGUGAUCUGGCAAGAGUUCCACCCGAAGGUCGUCGCCCAGUUCCAGCCUGCGCAGCGCGACGGCGCUCGCCGCAUCCUGGUCCGCCUCCUCGAGAACCCUGAGGGGAUCGUGGAGCAUAUUCGCUACGCACUCGCGUCAACGAUAAUCGAGGCGACGUACGGUCUCCAGAUCGCGGUGAAGGACGACAAGUACGUCGAUAUCGGUAUCCGUGCGACGGAUUCCGUGCAGCUCGCCGGGUGCCUCCCCGGGUUGGUGCUUCAGGCGUUCCCUAUCCUGGGAGCGUUGCCUACAUGGGUUCCGCUGCCAGGAUCGAACAUCCUCCGGCUCAUGGAAGAAACGCGCGUGUGGGUGAAGGAGAUGCGUGAAGUCGCGUGGGCGGCCGCGAAAGAGGAGAUCGCGGGAGGAAAGGCUCAACCCAGCACUGCGAGCCGUCUCAUGGAGGACUUGUUCCAGAUGGCACCAGGCAGCAAAUCUACAACCGAGACAGAGCGAUCUACAAGGACGUCACUGCGACAGCCUACUCAGACAUUCUCGGUCAUCAACGGCUUUUUCGCCGCCAUCGCAGCUCAUCCCGAGGUGCAGGAGAAGGCGCACGCGGAGAUCGACGCUGUGGUGGGCCAGAACAGGCUCCCUGACUUUGGAGAUCGUGAGGCCUUGCCAUACGUGAAUGCGAUCGUCAAGGAAGUCCUGCGUUGGCAUGUUUCCGGGCCGCUUGGCCUCCCGCAUGCCGCCUCCGAGGACGACGUGUUCGAGGGCCGCUUCAUUCCCAAGGGCAUCGCUAUUCACGUCAAUGUCUGGGCGAUCCUCCACGAUCCCGACGUGUUUCCCGAGCCGGAAGCCUUCAAGCCCGAGCGCUUCUUGAAGGACGGGAAAAUCGACCCUGACGUCAUGGAUCCCAUGGAAAUCGCAUUCGGACUCGGGAGACGCAUUUGUCCGGGACGGUACUUCGCCGAGGCGAGCAUGUUCAUCUACGUCGCGUCCGUGUUGCAGAACCUGGUGCUCUCCCGGCCGCCCGGAGAGGAUGGAAAGCCACUUCCGCUCAACCCUAAGCUGUCUGCUGGGAUCAUCUUAUACUUCGAAGACAUCCGAUGCGUGAUCAGCCCUCGCUCAGAGGCCGCACGCGCACGCAUCUAUCAAGAGAACACGGUUUGA